UCAACCAAAGCAAAGAUGGCUGCGGUGUACAAGGUUGCAUGCCGCCUGGGCAGCGGUAACGUUAAAUGCAUAAUUCCAAGGCAAACUCUCUACACGCAUAGGAAACUCUACAGCAGUGAUUCCAGCGUCCCGCCCGUCGAGCAAGGUGAGGCAGAACCCCAAGAGCCGUCUGCUGAGAAGCCAAAGAGUGGGUUCGCUGCUGCAUACGAGCUUCACACGGAUCUCCAACAGAAACAGGAAAGCGCUUCCCUUAGCCGUGUCGGCUCAACGAGGGACGAGACGUCCUUCGCUUCGCUGUUACGACACUCUCCGCUGGUUCAGAUGGGCCCGGCGAAAGACAGAGUAGUAAUGGGUAAAAUCUUUCACAUUGUCCAAGACGACCUAUACGUCGACUUCGGUGGCAAAUUCCACUGCGUCUGCAAGCGACCGUCGACUGACGGUGACAAGUACCAGCGUGGAAGUAAGGUGAGAAUUCGUUUGGCGGACCUGGAGAUGACAUCCCGAUUCUUGGGUGCGAAUACAGACACAACUCUGCUGGAGGCCGAGGGUUAUCUUAUGGGAAUACUGGAUGCUAAGGCGAAAGCGUAGAGUGCCAGUGGAUACCUUCUCAAAAGACUCAUGGCUGGACUCCGCGUGCACUGCUCUGGCAAUGUCAUGCGAUGCGAUGCAUCAGUGAGCACUGACAUUGUAAUAUGUGUAAAUUCUUUGCCAUUAUAUUAAACUCACGUCAACCAUAA